UUUGGAAGGGGCUGGCUGCGUUUUCAUCAAGCGUUUGCUGUGUGCUUGGGAAUAAUUUCUCAACUUUUUUUCUUGGUAAUUUAUUACUUGGGCAUCUUUUUAACUGCCAAACUAAAGCUAAGUGCCAACAUCGCUACCCUGGCGUUUCCUUGUUUUGAUGGCUGUUAUCUUCCCAAGCAAGAAAAUGAAUUUGUUCACACAGUCCUGCACGAACUGGAUGCUUACCUACAGAGAGAGAAACAGAAAAGUGCCCUACUCUUCCCCCCUCUAUCAAGCAGACUUCGCUACCUGAUUCACAAAACCACUGAGAACCACCGUAACCUCGCGACCUUCUCCGUGGGGGAGGGCUGGAGCCGCAGAGUAGUUGUCUGCUACUCGCACCUCAGGCUGGAUCUGGGGGAUGAAAGCAACACAGACAGUUUCUACAAUGAGGCUCCUAGGAGAGGUAUGGGGAUGCAGAGCAGCAGAAUGGACCUCCAGCCCAGACCCCUGGCCCAGCGGAGCGGAGGUAGUGCCAAACGCCCUGACAAGGCCAUCUACGUCCCAAGGGCGGCUAGGGACAGGCAACGGGACAGUGGCAGUAAUCUCCACGGACCACCAGCAGGGGUGGACCUCGACCUGCCCCUGCCCAGUCUCAGCUUCACCUCCUCGGGAUGCACCUCCACCUCAGAGUCCUGCUCCUGCUGCUCCUCAGACACCACGGAGGGAACGCUGUCAGAAACACAGGCCAACACCAACCAGGACAGUGUGCCUUCUAAUACCACUAGCGCUGGGCAGGAGGACGACUUCAUUCGCUUCUCAGUAGAGGAGCCCUGCCCCCACCCCCCCGCCUGGGGCCAGACUGUGUCCUACUUCAUGGCCCUGACCCUGGAGCACCAGACUAGGGAAGCCCAGGAGGAGGAGGAACAUGUAGCGGAGGAGUCGCUGACGGAGGAGUCGUCUGUGGGCAGUAGCAACGUGACCUCCCACCAACACCAUGCCUCUCAUACAACACCAGCCAAGGAUGCUGCUAGCGAUGCUGUUGAUUUUAGCCAAGAGAUCAAGGCCCACUUGACAGAAACUGACGUGGCCAUCGAACACGCCCACAACGACUACUCUUGUUUCGAGAACGUGUGGAUCAACCAGGACGAAUUUGGCCACGUCAUCGAGAUCUACGACUUCCCGGCCAUGUUCAAAACAGGCGACCUGCUGGAUGCCUUUGCAGACUACAGCGACGAAGGCAUGAAGAUUAAGUGGGUGGACAACACUCACGCCCUGGGCGUGUUCUCCAGUCAAUCUGCAGCCCUCCAUGCACUUUCCAUUCGGCACCCUCUCCUGAAGACGUGCACUCUGUCUGACGGGAGCAAGAAGGCCAAAGGGAAAGCCAUAAGGCGUGCUGAGUUUAUCCAGCCGGUGAAGGAUAGGCCACGGACAGACUCAGCGGUGGCCCGCAGAAUGGUAUCCAGAGCCCUGGGAGUGCAGAGAGGUGGAACGCCCUCGCAACGUUUCUGACCGCUACAGCAGGUGUGAUGGCCUUUUAACGUAGACUGAAGAGAUACAAAGUAAACCACAGUAUUGGGAUGACUAAACUACCGGGCCUCACUCUGCAAUGUCUUUAGUUCACGUUGGUGCUUGUGAUCACUGCAUAGUGCAGAGUCUCAGUUUAAGACAUCAAUACAAGGACGUCAUGGUUUUCUUGUUUCAUUAUUGUUUAUUACAGAAAACAUGCAAGCACAAAAUGCUUUUCCACAUUCAACCGUACAGGACAAUCAACCAUCUAGUAAAGAGUACCCUUGUCAAAUGAAGGGCUAUGUAGUUGCUGUAUCACAAACAGGACAAAAUGAUGCAAAGAUUAAUGUUCACAUGUCAUUCAUGACGUUAUACAAAUGAGAAAACAAACCGAUUUUAGAGUCCCCAGACAGUAAUAAUUUAAUAAAAUGUACUAAACUGAGCAAAAUAUGCUAAGACUAAAAUGUAUAUUUAUCUUAGGAUCUUAAGAUGAAAGGUUUUAAAUAUCGUUAGAGACAAACAAAUCCAGUUUUGAUCAUCAAAAACAAAGUGGCAGCUGUAUGGUUGUAAUAAUAUUGCCUUAUCCUUAGUGAAUACUGUACAGGAAGACAUGGGUUCUUCCUAUUAAUAUUUACAAUGGCUUGCUACCACAUUGUCACAGACUGGCAUGAAACUGCACUAAAAUUGACAAAUGAUUCCCCAUUUAUUUCAUCAGUAAAAAAAAAAAAAAAAGAUUCCCAAUGGAGGCAAGACUUCUGCUACUUUCCCACCUACUUCAUAGUUGCAUAAAUUCCGUCUCAACACUUUUUGCAAAAAAAAAGUAAGAAACUGUCUCGAAGUGCAGCAGGUGUCAAAAACAUGUAUUUUUCUCUCCUUAUGGUGGACCAGAAAGAUGCAUAUAUGUAUGUAUGACUGAUUUGAUAACAUGUACAGCGGCGUGCUGGUGCUAAGGAAAUUAGUGAGAUCAGUAAAGACAGAUGCUUCUUCAAGCUGGAUCUUUAAAACAGGAUUUUUUUGUCUGAAAUGUCCUUACAUCAAAUGUUGGCAUUGAGGUGAGAAAGGCUUUUACAUUUUCAUCCAGCACCAAUAGGGAGGGAACACAGUACAGCGCUCCCUCUAGUGGUUGAUAAUGUCACAACAGUCUUGCUGGUCAUUCUCAUCAGUUUCGUGAAAUAAAAUGUUCCUCCCAGUCUUUCUAUUGAGUCCAUCCACACUACCUGUGUCCCAGCUGGUUAUUCAAGAGGCCAGGGAAAGAGGAUUCCUCUGACUCAGAACUCACUGAGCCACCUGAAGAGGAGAGACGAAUGGGACACAUGAAGAACUGCACUCAUUCAAUAGUGGCCACAGUUUGAUAGCACCAUAUAAUUACAAUUGAAAAAAUAUAUAUAAUUCACUCACUGAAGUCUUCAAGCCUUCUCUCUCUUUUAACUGAUUGUUUUCAUGAUCUUUUACAGGAAUGUCAGGCUACAACUUGGCUACACGACUACAGAAGUCCUUGCUACUUAAAUAACUGGCAGACCAUUGCUGUCCUAUGACUUGUUCCUCUUCAAGUUCCCAUUGUUUUUUGUUGAUGCCAGUGUAGCACUCAAGUGUGUGAUUAACACUAUAGGGCCGACCCAAACCAUACUAUGCAGGCGUGGAUAUUUUCUUUUCACAUUGUAUUUUCUAUCAUGGUCCCAACAACUAUGGUGGGUGGACGUGUAAUAAGGCUGACCCAGUACAGUUCAGGUUUGCUCCUUUUGGUCCUGUAGUGUGAAUCAGGCACCAGUUUCAAAGCGAAUGGGGCGUUGCGUUACUGUGCGGUUUGGGGUGUCGACAAGUCUUACUGUAUUUUAACUUCGUAAUUUGUUAUAACCCAAACACUUAACAGAUCAUUUUAGCUUACCCUGGUUGCGUCCAUUUAUAGAUGGAUAAAGUUGAUGAUACACGGGUUGUAUAAUUCCUAUUAUAAACUGGAUGGUUUGAGCCCUGAAUGCUGAAUGGCUGAAAGCUGUGGUAUAUCAGACCGUAUACCACGGGUAUGACAAAACAUUUACUUUUACUGCUCUAAUUACGUUGGUAACCAGUUUAUAAUAGCAAUAAGGCACCUCUGGAGUUUGUGGUAUAUGGCCAAUAUACCAUGGCUAACGGCUGUAUCCAGGCACUCCGCGUUGCCUCAUGCUUAUGAACAGUCCUCAGCUGUGGUAUAUUGGCCAUAUACCACACCCUCUCGAGGCUUAUUGUUUAAUUAAGCCUAAUUUAUACAUUGCAUACUUGCGUAGCAAAAGGAAAACGGAAAGAAAAAAAUGUCCGCAUAUGCAAUUACAACUCGACAAAACUAUUCAGGAUCGCCAUGUUGAACAAUUAAUAAAAUGGUUGAUUUCUAAUGCUAAAAACUCACUCAAACAUUUUCUGAAACAUUCAAGCUGAAUGAUAAAAUGUUACUUGUUUAUGUUUAUAAGCAUUUUUCCAGGGGGAUUUAAAUCAAAUAGAAUGCAAUUAUUAUAUAGAGUUCUGUUAUGCCAUUGUUUUUUAUGGUAUACUGUACCAGUCAAAAGUUUGGCCCCACCUACUCAUUCAAGGGUUUUUCUUUAUUUUUACUAUUUUCUAAAUUGAAUAAUAAUAAUAGUGAAGACGUCAAAACUGAAAUAACACAUGGAAUCAUGUAGUAACCAAAAAAGUGACAUCAAAAUGUAUUUUAUAUUUGAGGUUUUUCAAAGUAGCCACUCUUAGAUGACAGCUUUGCAUACUCUCAACCAGCAUCACCUGGAAUGCUUUUCCAACAGUCUUGAAGGAGUUCCCACAUAUGCUGAGCACUUGUUGGCUGCUUUUCUUUCACUCUGCGGUCCAAACCAUCUCAAUUGGGUUGAGGUCGGGUGAUUGUGGAGGCCAGGUCAUCUGAUGCAGCACUCCAUCCCUCUCCUUCUUGGUCAAAUAGCCCUUACACAGCCUGGAGGUGUGUUGUGUCAUUGUCUUGUUGAAAAACAAAUGAUUGUCCCACUAAGCGCAAACCAUAUGGGAUGGUGUAUCGCUGCAGAAUGCUGUGGUAGCCAUGCUGGUUAAGUGUGCCUUGAAUUAUAAAUAAAUCACUGACAGUGUCACCAGCAAAGAAUCACCACACCUCCUCCAUGCAUCAUGUUGGGAACCACACAUGUGAAGAUUACCCAUUCACCUACUCUGUCUCACAAAGACAUGACCGUUGGAACCAAAAAUCGCAAAUUUGAACUCAUCAGAACAAAGGACAGAUUUCCAUCAUGUUUCUUUGACCAAGCAGGUCUAUUCUUAUUGGUGUGGUUUCUUUGCAGCAAUUUGACCAUGAAGGCCUGAUUCACGCAGUCUCCUCUGAACAGUUGAUGUGUCUGUUACUUGAACUCUGAAGCAUUUAUUUGGGCUGCAAUCUGAGGUGCAGUUAACUCUAAAGAACUUAUCCUCUGCAGCAGAGGUAACUGAGUCUUCCUUUCCUGUGGCGGUCCUCAUGAGAGCCAGUUUAAUCAUAGCGCCUGAUGGUUUUUGCCACUGCACUUGAAAUUCUUGAAAUGUUUCAGAUUGACUGACCAUGUCUUAAAGUAAUGGACUGUUGUUUCUCCAUGCUUAUUUGAGCUGUUCCUGCCAUAAUAUGGGCUAUCUUCUGUACACCACCCCUACCUUGUCACAACAGAAAUGAUUGGCUUAAAUGCAUUAAGGAUAGAAAUUCCACAAAUUAGCUUUUAACAAAGGCACACCUGUUAAUUUAAAUGCAUUCCAGGUAACUACCUCAUGAAGCUGCUUGGGAUAAUAAUACCAAGAGUGUGCAAAGCUGUCAUCAAGGCAAAGGGUGGCAACUUUGAUCAAAUAUUUUGAUUUGUUUAACACAGUUUUGGUUAGUACAUGAUUGCAUAUGUGUAAUUUCAUAGUUUUGAUGUCUUCACUGUUUUUCUACAUUGUAGAAAAUACUAAAAAUGAAGAAAAACCCUGGAAUGAGUAGGUGUGUCAACUAUUGACUGUGUGUAUAUGUGUAUAUAUAUUUUUAUUUUUACUGACUAUUGUAAUGGCCAACAUUACGAUCCAGCAGAGGAAAUCUGUCUUUCCAGUUUGUAAGACUAACCUUAAAGCACACGUGUUUGGGGACCAUCCCUUGUGAAUAUGUUAGUAUUAUCAGUAAAUUGUCUCAUGAAAAUGUUUUAGAAUUUUGCGAAUGCCUUUUCACCAAUUUAUUUACUAAAUGAAUGUAAGCUUC